AGGAUGAACCAUGUAGUCGCUUAGUGAUUGCGUCAUAUAUGACAACAAUCCCUUGAUUUGUUCGAGCGGAGGAAUUGGUCAGCAAUGGCAUCAGAAGACGAAAUAAGUCUUCUAGUCAUUGUAGUAGAUGUAAAUCCAAUCUGGUGGGGUCAGCAAGGGCAGCGACAACCCGAGUUCACCCUCUCAAAAUGUCUGGACGCUGUGAUGGUCAUGGCAAACUCUCACUUGGUUAUGACCAGAACCAACAAGCUGGCCAUCAUUGCUAGCCACUGUCAGGAGAGUCGGGGUCAGACUGAUUGCCCUUCUUUCUCUCUAUUUUCCCAUUUAAGUCACUUCCUGUACCCAAGCAAGCAUUGGAAAACAGGGGACACUGCUGGAGAUGAACCAUCAUUGGGCAGUAGUGAUGGCAAAUAUGAGCUCCUGUCUGUAGCAAAUGACCUCAUUGCGGAGGAGAUCAAGAAUCUCAUGGCCCGAACACAGGUGAAAGGUCACCAGACAGAUACCUUAUUGGCUGGAUCCCUUGCCAAAUCUCUGUGCUACAUUCAUCGAGUCUCUAAGGACCUGGAAGCUGGGCAAGACAUGAAGUCGAGAAUAUUGGUGAUAAAAGCUGCCGAAGAUUGUGCUCUGCAGUACAUGAACUUCAUGAACGUGAUUUUUGCUGCACAAAAACAGAAUGUCCUGAUCGAUGCAUGUGUGCUAGACUCUGAUUCAGGCCUUUUGCAGCAGGCGUGUGAUAUAACUGGGGGCUUGUACCUGAAGAUUCCACAGAAGAUUGCUCUAGCACAGUAUUUACUGUGGGUGUUCCUGCCAGAUGCGGACCAGCGCUCACAGUUAGUACUUCCUCCACCAGUACACGUAGACUACAGAGCAGCCUGCUUUUGUCAUCGCAACCUCAUUGAGAUUGGCUACGUCUGCUCGGUGUGCCUGUCGAUAUUUUGCAACUUUAGUCCUAUCUGCACAACAUGCGAGACUGCCUUUAAGAUUCCAUUGCCACAGAUGAUAAAACCAAAGAAGAAGAAACUUAAAGCUGCAAACUAACCUAACUUAAUACUCAGUUAGUGUGGAAUGCUGUUUUCCUUUUCAUCCUUUGUGUGUGUGAGUGUGUGAAACUUAAAAAAACGGCAUUAGAGAUUUUUGUAAGUCCUAGAUGAAAGCAAGUUUUAAGUAUUACAUUUGGACAUGAAAAUAAUUGAAAAUGUGCAAAUUGUUGCUGGCUCACUCUUUUGUACUGUAAAUAGGGAACAAAAGUUUUUUAUUAUUAUUAAAGAAUUAUUGUAAGUUAUA